GCCGGCGCCGCAGCAGCCCGAGGAGGGCUCGGGCGCGGGGCCCGGCGCGUGCAGCCUGCACCUGAGCGAGCGCGCCGACUGGCAGUACUCGCAGCGCGAGCUGGACGCCGUCGAGGUCUUCUUCUCGCGCACGGCCCGGGACAACCGGCUGGGCUGCAUGUUCGUGCGCUGCGCGCCCUCCAGCCGCUACACGCUGCUCUUCUCGCACGGGAACGCCGUGGACCUGGGCCAGAUGUGCAGCUUCUACAUCGGCCUCGGCUCGCGCAUCAACUGCAACAUCUUCUCCUACGACUACUCGGGCUACGGCGUCAGCUCGGGCAAGCCCUCUGAGAAGAACCUCUACGCCGACAUCGACGCCGCGUGGCAGGCGCUGCGCACCCGAUAUGGCGUAAGUCCUGAGAACAUUAUCCUCUAUGGUCAGAGCAUCGGGACUGUCCCCACGGUGGACUUGGCCUCACGGUAUGAGUGCGCAGCGGUCAUUCUCCAUUCCCCUCUGAUGUCUGGUCUGCGUGUGGCUUUUCCAGAUACCAGGAAAACAUACUGCUUUGAUGCUUUCCCCAGCAUUGACAAGAUAUCUAAAGUCACCUCUCCUGUGUUGGUCAUUCAUGGUACAGAGGAUGAGGUCAUCGAUUUCUCCCAUGGCUUAGCGAUGUACGAGCGCUGUCCCCGAGCCGUGGAGCCCCUCUGGGUGGAAGGGGCUGGGCAUAAUGACAUAGAGCUUUAUGCACAAUACCUAGAAAGACUAAAACAGUUCAUAUCUCAUGAACUUCCUAAUUCCUGAAGACGACCACUUGAUUUUACCUCAUUUACUGUGAACAGCAGAGUCCUCUGUUUUGCACAUGCUUUAACUGGAUAGCUGUAAUGACUUGAUAACCAUGAAGAAGUGCCCAACCUUUAGGGUGUUCUAAUCAAAGAGCUGAUGAAAUCUCAGUCUUUUGUAUCUAGAGGUGAUUCUACUAAUUCACACAACAUGAUAAAUUGAACAGUCGUGAUUCCCAGCUUCAUCGCUUUGCAGGAAUGGGAAUGAGAGCUGAAUGUGGGGACAGUUUUCUAGUGCGAUAUUAAGUGUGCUCACAUGUUUCUCAACCUCACCCAUCACUUCUGAUUUAUCCAUGCAGGACUCAACCUUGUCUUCACUAAUGUUCUCAGUAUUUGACAUGCAGCUCUCUUUCAGCCACUGGAUCCAUGGGUUCAAUCCAUUUGUGAAGCUGUGAUAGUGUAACUGGAAAACUGGUGGUGAAAAUUCCUUUAUUAAUUUUUGUUAACAUUCUGAUCUUUCCCCAAACAAAUGAAUUGAAGGGUAAUUUACUGGAACUAUCAUGAGCAGUUUCAUCAACUGUAACCAUAUAAAUAUAACUGGAAUAUUCUUAAACAAAAGGAAACUGGGGGUUUUUUAAGUGUAAAUUUAUUACUGGCCAACAGAGUUUUAAUAUUUUGAUUGGUUGGUCUAACAAAGAGCCUAGCCGACUUUCCUUCUAUAAAGUCCUCCUUGUAGGCUUUUUUAAAGUACUGUACAUAUUUGCAAUUACAUUGUGCAUAGAUUCUUAAUGGGUAGUUUUUCUUUUGUCAGGCUAUUACAAUGAACUGCAGAUUCCUUGUUUGUAAUGUAAAUGAUUGAAUACAUUUUGUUAAUAUGUUUUUAUUCCUAUGUUUUGCUAUUAAAAAGUUUUAUAACAUUUCCAAGACAAAAAUUUCAAGUUUAUGCUUUGAAGAAUUUAUGUAAUUAAAAUUUCACUAAACUAAUCUUUUUCGUUUAGGAGUUAUUUGGGUUUUGACACUGGAGUUGCGCCAAAUAAGCAUCAGAAAUGUAAGAUGCUUAAAAUUGCUACACUACUUGUAUUGGUUGGGGGUUUGGGUCUGGGGGUUCUUUGGUUUUAAUUAUUAUUAUUAUUAUUUUUUUUUUUUCAAAUUUAAAAGCCUUAAAUGUACUGUGAGCCUCAGAUCGUUGUACAACUGGAUUGCGGUUGGUUGCCAGUUUGUGUUCUGUUGUUUGGAUGCAGCACAGUGGUUGGUCAUGGAAUAAAGGAUGCAUGGAUCAGAA